AUGGAAUCGAAAUCUAUUUCUCAACUUCCUCAUAAAUCAUUUUCGUCAUCGUGGGGUCGUUAUGAAUUUAUAUGUAGUUACCAGUUAUCCUUAAUUGUCUUCUAUUUCUCCGUUUCGCAAAUAUGGAAACUUCCUUUUAUUGCCUAUCUUAAUGGUAGAGUGGCCUUCUUCGUACCCUACAUCUUGGUACUCAUUGUAGUAAUCUUACCUGGGAGCUACUUAGAAAUGCUGAUGGGGCAAAUAGCAAAGAAAGGGACUAUACAAUCUUGGAAUAAAUUAAUGCCAAUUUGGAAGGGACUUGGCUACGUUCAAGUGAUGAUGUUAAUUGUAUCAGCUAUUUUUAUGGCUCCGCUAACUGGUUAUGCGCUUUAUUAUUUCAUGGUUGCAUUAAUAACUAAACCUCGCUCUAAUCCACCAUGGAAUUCUUGCUCUAAUUCUUGGAAUACUCAAUACUGUCGAACUACUUAUCAAUUCUGUUCGCGAAAUAUUAUUGAAAAUUCAUCAUCUCUUCAUACCGCACUUCCUACUACUACCACAGCAUCAUACCAAAAUUGUAUUAAUCCAGGUCAAUUGGUUCGAAUGCCAGAAUUAGAGUAUUGGUAUUUUCAGGUACUGAAUAUUAACUCUUCAGGAAUCGGUGGUAUAGUUCCAUGGCAAGUUGUAUGCUUAUGUACAGCGUGGGGACUUGUUGCCAUCACUAUAUUCUUAGGAUUGUCCUCAUUUAGAAGGGUGGCCUAUGUAAUUUUUUCUCUAAGCGUUGCAGCCAUCGCUAUACUAUUAGUCGUUGCUCUAUCUCUGCCAGCAAGUCCUAAUGCAAAAUUUCAGUUUUUUAAUGAGAGUUCGAUUCUACCUUUAUCAAGACCAGCUACUUGGGCUGCAGCUCUUGCUGAAGCUAUUUUCUCAUUCUCAAUUGCAUCUGGAUGUCUAGCUCACCUUGGAAGUCGAAAUAAAGCCAAUACAAAUCAUCUUUGGCAUUCCUUAAUCUCGAUUAUUGCCAUUGCUAUGUUUGCCUUGGCAUCCUGCCAAAUGGUGAUUACAUUUGUAUCCUACAUUGCCUCUCAAUUAAACGUUCCUAUUACUCAAGUUAUAACCUUAGGCGUUAACCUUGCAUACGUUGCAUUUCCUACACUGUCACGACUUACUGUAACUGGAAGGGUAACGUUAAUCGUCUUUUACGCGUUGAUUAUUCUAGUAUGCAUCUCUAAAAUGGCAAUCUUUACUGAGGUUGCUUUUGACGCGAUAUUUGAAGAAAUUCCUGAUGGAUAUUUAAAGCGUUAUAAAGUUUUGUGGCGAAUUGGCUUUAUUGCCGUAUUAAAUUGCAUCGGAUUGAUCUAUACUACCCGGGGUGGACUCAGAUUUAUAGAAGCUACAGACGAAGCUGUAGCCCUUGUACAAACUCUACUUAUCAUUUUUCAGUAUGCAGGAUUGGCUUUUUUGUUUAGCUGGGUCUUCUUUGGAAUAAGUUUGGCUAUAUUUAUUGGAUUUAUCAUUUAUCAGGUGUUUUAUAAAUAUCGCCAAAAUAAGAUUGGUGCUAUCACGCCGCAUGGAAAUUUAAAUAUGGACGUUGGAUUUAUCCAUUAUAUGUCGAUGAAUGUUGAUUCAGUAUUAGAUAGUGCCGAAACCUAUCAUUUAAAACUAGUUUAUAGCGAUACUGCAUCUAAAAUAUAA